AUUCAAUCGAUAGAUCAAUCAAACAUGGCAAACAACAUUUGUCUGAUGAUGUUGAUGAUGGCCAUCUGCUGCAGCUACUUGGCCAAUGGAAUGGACUCGAGUGUGACAAUGAGAGCAUUGCCAGAGGUGUUGGAGACAUCAAGUGACUUGAUAACGAUUACAUGGAAGGGUGUGGAAAGUCCAACAAAGUACGAUGUAAUUGCUAUUUACUAUCCAGUGGACUCGGGUUUGGACUCACCAAUUGGUUACAUCUACACAUCAAACUCUACAACAACAUGGCGUAAUGGAUAUGGUUCGGUAACAUUCCCCUUGGUCAACGUGCGCGACACCUACGUGUUCCGUCUUUGGAUCAAAGGUGAUGUGCCACCCGUUGUCAACUGGGCUGGUGCCAACCUCACCCUCGCGUCCACCAGCAACAAUGUCACCUUUCUCAACCCUAACGAGCCCACCAAGCCAUACCUAGCACUCACCAAUCACACUAGCGAGAUGCGUCUAAUGUGGAUCAGUGGCACAGACGACACUCCCUACGUCUACUACGGCGACUCACCGAAUACAUUGUCAUUGGUCGCUUCGGGAACAUCAAAGACUUAUAACAUCACUCAUAUGUGUGAUUCGCCGGCUAAUGAUCCACGCUUCUUUAGGAACCCUGGCUUCAUUCAUGAUGUGGUCAUGACAGGAUUGAAGGAGUCAUCUCAGUACUAUUACUCAUUCGGCAGCAAGAUGAGUGGAUACAGUGUAAAGACUUACAGCUUUGUGUCAGCUCCAAAGGUUGGCACUGAAGCCUAUGUAAUCGCCUUUGGUGAUAUGGGCGUCAACCCUCCAUUCAAAUGGACUUUCCUCGACAUCCAGGUGCCCGCCAGCAAGACAAUGGCCAACGUCUACCAGACCAUCGCAGCACCAUACUCUCACUCACCACUCGCUCGCAAGCUUGGCAAGUCAUCGCCCACUGGCGACAACAUCCCGCCACCAUGGUCUGUGCUGCACAUUGGUGAUCUGAGCUACGCUCGUGGCUACGGCUACAUCUGGGACGUUUGGCACGAGGCCAUCCAAGGCCCCGCCGCCAUGGCACCCUACAUGGUGAGCAUUGGCAACCACGAGUACGACUACUACGGGGCACCAUUCAUGCCUGAGUGGGCCGACUAUGGCCACGACAGUGGUGGCGAGUGUGGCGUGCCCUACAACGCGCGCUUCCACAUGCCUGGCGCCGAGGGCAUGCCCAGCCAGAACAUCUGGUUCUCAUACGACAAUGGUCCGAUUCACUUCACCCAAGCAAGCUUCGAGCACGACUUCACGAUCGGCUCGCCGCAAUACCAAUGGCUGGAGCAGGACAUGGCCACGAUCGAUCGCACCAAGACCCCCUGGCUCGUGUUCUCUGCUCACAGGCCAAUGUAUGAUUCAGAGGCGCAAGAGGAUGAGGCUGGAAUGUACACAAACAUCCUGCUCAACAUCGAGCCGCUGAUCAUCAAGUACGACGUCAACCUGGCGCUGUGGGGUCACGACCACGCAUAUGAGAGGAUGUGUGGCAUUGCUGGCAACUGGACUUGUGCCGAGUCUGACAACGAUGCCCCCGUGCACGUGCUGAUUGGCAUGGCUGGAAACACAUAUCAAGCACCAUGGUGGAUCACCAAUGAGGAUGACGACGGAGAUGGAUAUGAAGUGCAGCCCGACUUUUCAAUCUUCCGCACGAUGAACUAUGGAUACACACGAUUCUACGCCAACACCACCAACCUCUACUUUGAAUUUGUCGGUGAUCAAAGGAAUGAAGUCCACGAUUCAUUCUGGUUGACAAGCAAGUACACUUCAUCA